GGCGGGGCCGGGCGGCGGGGGCGGGGCCAGGCUCCGGGCCCGCCUCCGCGAGCUCCCGGAGCCUCGGAGCUUUGGGCACCCCGACUCUUUUAGGGGCUUCAGUCAGAGGCGCCGCCCGACAGACCCUGGGCGGGCGCCUGGCGCAGCCGCCUCCGCGUGUGCCCGUGCGUCUUUGUGUCUGUCUGUGUGUCUGUCAGGCUGUCCCCGGGCUUGCCUCCACUUCGAGAGCCAAGCUUCCGGUAUAGCGACAGCCCGCGAGCCCUCAUCCCUCUCCCAUGGCAGGAUACAUGCCCCCCACAGGCUACGCCCCCUCGCCCCCUCCUCCCUACCCUGUGGCCGCCGGGUACCCGGAGCAGGUGCAGCAUCCCGGGCCCGGCCCGGCGCCCGCCCCCGCGCCCGCCCCGGGCUUCGCCGUCUUCCCCUCGCCCGGGGGCCCGGGUCCUGCGGCCGGGCCCGCCGCCCCGCUCCUGCCGCUGCCCGGGGUGCCUGCUGGCCUGGAGUUCCUGGUGCCGAUUGACCAGGUCCUGGUCCACCAGCGCGCGGGCCGCGUGGAGACGCUCCUGGGCUGGGAGACCAGGAACCGGUACGAGCUGCGCUCCGGGGCCGGGCAGCCGCUGGGGCAGGCGGCCGAGGAGAGCCACUGCUGUGCGCGGCUGUGCUGCGGCGCCCGCCGCCCCCUCCGCGUGCGGCUGGUGGACCCCAGCGACCGGGAGGUGCUGCGCCUGCUCCGCCCGCUGCACUGCGGCUGCAGCUGCUGCCCGUGCGGCCUCCAGGAGAUGGAAGUGCAGUCGCCACCGGGCACCACCAUCGGCCACGUGCUGCAGACCUGGCACCCCUUCCUCCCCAAGUUCUCCAUCCAAGAUGCCGAUCGCCAUACGAUCCUGCGAGUGGUGGGGCCCUGCUGGACCUGUGGCUGCGGCACAGACACCAACUUUGAGGUGAAGACCCCGGAUGAGUCCCGCAGUGUGGGCCGCAUCAGCAAGCAGUGGGGCGGGCUGCUCCAGGAGGCCCUCACGGACGCAGACGACUUUGGCUUGCAGUUCCCGCUGGACCUGGACGUGAGGGUGAAGGCGGUGCUGCUGGGAGCCACGUUCCUCAUUGACUACAUGUUCUACGAGAAGCGAGGAGGCCCUGGGCCCUCUGCCAUCACCAGUUAGACGGCAUCUCAGGGUGAGGACCAUCUCCUCAGCCAGAACUCAAGAUGCUCAUCUGGCCCGGCCUGGCCCCUCCUCGGAGGCAGCCCGUUUCCUCCAUGUGCGCUGCAGAGGACAGACGGGUGCCUGAGAGGCUGGGGCCAUGGUGCCCCUCCCUGCCCCGCUCCCCCGGCCUCCUUCGCUGUGGCCCCCGCAGGAGGGUAUGUACGAGAGCCCUUCCCCGCUACCUCUCACCGCUGUCUCCGCUGUCCCUCAGCACCAGGCGUAUCAGCUUUCACACUGCCCUGCUCCCUUCCUCUCACCCCUUCCAGGCCCCUGCUCUGGGGUCUUGCAACAGAGCUGGGGUGGGAAAGGGCAGGCAGCACCAAAGAUGGCUGAUGUGGCCGCCCACCUCUGCCUCAGCUUGGCCAAUCCGUCCAGCCUCAGAACGUGGCACUCAGAGGAGGUCCCUGUUUCCCCAGCAACGGCUCUAGGGCCAUGGCCCCAGCACCAACCCCCCCCCCCCCCCCCGCCCUCCCCACCGCUGGUGCUUCUGCAGCUCCGUGUGCCUUACUGAACCACCCUCCCUGCCCUGUUCCUACAAAGGAGGCUGCAUUUGUAUGUUAUAUUCAUAUAAACUUUGUAAUGUUUUGGA